UCAAUCAGCAAGCAAAAACAACAAUAACCAAAAAGAGUGGCAUCCCAACGGGGCCAAGGCGACCUAUCACAUGAUUGCCGGCCGCCCGUUGGAUUUUUGUUGCCCAUCGCCAAUUCUGAGCUGAGUUGUCCAAGCCACCCCCAAUCGGUUUGCUGUAACUUGUUCUCCCUCCUCUUCCCUUCCCGACCCUCUCUCUCUCUCUCCCUCCAUUUCAUUCUAUUCCUCUCCUUCCCGUGGAUGGCCUCUGCUCAUGUCCAACAUUUGGGUGUAGUCCGCCCUCCUUGCGCAUGCUCUCCUUCCUGCUUCCCUUAUGAUGUGCGGCCCUCUCCCGCAUUCUCCGCUGUGCUCGCGAUCUCGCGUCACUCUAACCUCCAGCUUCCUUCCAGGGGAGUGAAAUCAAAAGAAAAAAAAGGUUGUUGAAGAAGUAAAGGGUCCCGCCAUCCGAUUCGGAUCGUCAUGCCAUCCGUAUCUCAUAAUCCGGGAGUGCCCGCUAUCGAUCAUCGAUCGGGCCCUGAGUCGACUACUUCUACUACUACUAUUACUACCACUACAGCCAUGGCCGGCAAGCCCAGCGGAGACCAACAGCAGCAACACCUGGUGGAUUCCGCGCUCGAACACACCGUCCUUCCGGCCCGACAUCCGCUAUCCACCUUUGAACUCGUUGUCACUACCAAUGCCCCCAUCCUCGAAUCUCUCCUCUUGCAAACUCCCACCGAGGCCAUCCUAGCCCUCUACCAUACCUCCCGCUACCUCCGCUCAUUCCUCCGCUCUUACCCGACAGCAUGGAAAUACCUCUCUUUUCGGCUCCUCUACCCCUCUGGCACCCCGCCGCCCCUCCGGGUUGUCUUCACCGGCUCCUCCGAGACCGUCAUCCCGCGCCAGUCGCGCCCGUAUGCCCUCGACCAGCUGUUGAUGAACGUGGUGAUUCCGUUUAGUCCGUGCUUGCGCAGUCUGGAGUUAGAUAACACAGCUGUGUCGGGGCAGAUCUUGAUGUCGACGGUACUACAUUCGCGGCGCGAGACCUUGGAACAUCUCUCUGUACGAGGCUGCAAGAACGUGUCGCUCAAAUACCACAUCAUCCCGUACCUCACGAUGUUUGGCCUCCAAUAUGAUGUCAACAUGGAGCAAAAUAUUGGGAGUUCACCGGAUACCAAGCAUCUUGCACUGAAAAGUCUUUACACGUAUCGAUGUCGACAUCAUCGACGACGGCCGUAUCUGACUUCCUCCUUGUCGCGAAAAGACUCCGACUCCGAACCCACACAUGAGCUGGUCAACCUCUGCCAUAAGCUGGGCAUCUGGACAGAUACCGCGUGGUGCUCGACUCCGGCGGGGAGAUGUUUUCGGAGACGGGGUUACGUGUCUAUGCGUGUUCCACAGGGGUCGGCAGAAGUGUGGGUGGUGUUCGAUCGGCUGUGGAGGUCGAAGAAUUGGAUCGGUCCGGUAGACCAGGCGAAUCGUCCAGUCCAGCGGGAUGCGAAGCUGUGGGAACACAGUGAGACCGGCUAUUACGGUGAGGCUUUGGGGACCGGAGAGAGUGGAGACCAUGGAGAGGGGAAGAUGCUGCCGGCACAUUUGCGACGGAGCCAUACACAAUUCGUUGAGAAUAUCCGCUGCGACAACUGCUGCGAGUUGAUCCCUGAACGAUGUGAGCAAUGCAGUAUAUUGAUGCACUGUGUCGGAUGUCGAAAGACUCUGUGUGCUAGCUGCGCUUACGAACGGCCUUAUCUGCACUGCCGGCCUCGAUCGGUAUCUAAGGACAGUCCAUUCUGGUGGGCUCCUGGAGCUACGAUGUCGCCAUGUUCUAUGCAAGACCCUGUCGAAGAUUCCGAAAACACUACUGUAGCCAACAACGCGGCUCCCUCUUAUCCCGCCCUCACGUUUCAUUGGUGCUGCACUGAGCCUAUCUUCUCUGGCGGCGGCGGCAUCAGUAUCGGCACACCGAACCGCGAUGUGGACCAGGUACGAGCCGUGCCUCUGCCGCGGGGACAGGGAUGGGAGGACCUGGAGUACUCGGCGCAGGAAUGGAGCAAGACGUUCCCGCGGGAUGCCUACGGAGACCCUCGCAAGCCCGACUAUACGCUGGAGACCGGACAUAUCGCCAUGAUGCGGUGGCUACUUGGGCCGCCCGACCGACAGCCUGCCGCUUGUCCGCGCAACCUAUGCCAGGACUGCUAUGACACACCUCAGUGGAAGGUACACUGCAAGAGCUGCUCGAAGCCACUGUGUAUCGAGCAUGAUCUGCGAGGGCUCCGCUUGAGAAUCUGUGGGUACCGGGAUCUGACGCUGGAGAAGCUGGCGAUCCAGAACCACGCCGAGACCGGCUCUCGCGGGUUUGUGUCUUCGCGGAUGCCCUACACGAAUUCCGUGCCAGAGUUCGAGCUGCCGUAUCGGACGCAGCGGAUUCUCGAUUCGACUACGAGCAGUUUUACCGAGGACAACCAAGAGGUCUUUCCCGAGGCGAGCAGUAGCGCGUUCGACCAUCCUCGGCCCACGCCUUUGGUUCACCGCCGCUCGCGAAGUCUGUCAAUCUCGAAUUCCAACCGUUCACGCUCAUCCUCGCCGUCAUCGGUCUACUGCGACUCGCCAUCCGACCAGCCCAGAUGGCAAGGAUGUCAGUCCUUUUUCUGUCCGCAGUAUCGAGCGGUCGGUGACCAGCGACAGCGGUGCGCCAGCGUUCUCCGCGAGUGCACCAGCUGCUCGGUGUACGUAUGCGAGGACUGCACCAUCGCCUUCCCGCCGUGCAACUGCUCCUAUUGCGAAGCCAACUACCUGUGCCCGAACUGCCUGAAGGUGCGGGAACGAGACGGGACCUGCCGCCGGCCGGCAGAAGAAAAGGCCCGUCGGGAGCGCAAAUGGAAAGAGGACAUGCGUCUGCUGGAGGGAAUCGUGCAGGACAAACUGGCGAAUAAAAUGGCAAACAAACUGGCCGAGUACGCCGGCGAGUUCUUCGACGUUAUCGAGCGGGAGGAACACGGCGAGGUGCAGCAUAUCGAAGAAGCCUCGACGUAUCCUGGACCCGUAACCGAGGAUCUAGGCGAGGAGAUAUUGACGGACAAUAUAGCAGCGUGCAUAGCAAAUGAUACUGUUCGGGUUGCCCUGAUGCGCAGGGCGCUGAGGGGUCCUGUUGUCCCAGGAGGACAGAAGAGAAUAUGUGGGUCAUUGCUGGAGGAACUCAAAAUGGCCGACGAACAACCCCCCACCCCCGCCGAGCUCGCCCGCCGCGACGAGGAAGAAUCCGCCCGCAAAGCCCGCGAAGCUGCCGAACAAGCCCAGCUGCCUUACAAAUGGACCCAAACGAUCCGCGACGUGGAGGUGACAAUCCCCGUAGCAUCGAACAUCCGCGGUCGGGAUUUGGAUGUUGUUCUCACGAAGACGAAAAUCCGCGUUGCGAUUAAGGGACAGGAGGCUUUUAUUGACGGCGAGUUCCCCCACCCCGUCAUCCCUGACGAAUGCUCCUGGACCCUUGAAUCGACAUCCCAACCGCCCGGCAAGGAAAUCUCGAUUCACCUGGACAAGGUGAACAAGGUGGAGUGGUGGGCGCAUGUUGUGACGAGUGCGCCGAAGAUCGACGUUACGAAGAUUACGCCGGAGAAUUCGUCGUUGAGUGAGUUGGAUGGCGAGACGAGGGCGAUGGUCGAGAAGAUGAUGUAUGAUCAGAGGCAGAAGGAGAUGGGUGGGUUGACGAGUGAUGAGCAGAAGAAGAGGGAUAUUUUGAAGAAGUUUCAGGAGGAACAUCCUGCAAGGAUUAGCAACUUUGGUGGCUGCCAUGCAGUCUGUCCUCCAAUUUCGUCCUUCUCCCCGUGCUUAUCAUCCCCGGCGCCCGCAUCGCAAAUCCCGCGCUGGCUGCCUCGUUUGCAAGCAGCGACGGGUCAAGGUAUUCCCCUUACUCUUCUGUGCGACGAGGAAAAACCAUCCUGCCACCGAUGCCAGAAACUCGGGUUCGACUGCAGCUAUGAGCCCGAGACCAAAGACAAAGACAGCGUCAGCGUCUUCCUUGCGAGUCCGCCUGAUUCAAAAGCGUACUGCAUGUCGGUGGAUAGCGUGACCAAGAAGAUCAACGAGAUACUGCAGUUCGAUUCAAAAAGCGGCCCAUUGCCCGUCGUGCAAGCAUUGCAGCACUUCCACCAUGGCCUAACAAACCCGGCGCUCGGGCCGAAAGGCGCUCAAUCCGCUAUGCAGGCGAAGAUCAUUCAGCUAGGAUUUAAUUCACCCUUUCUACUGCACACUAUCAUUGCAGCAGCCACUUCGCACAUCCGUCAUCUGGCUCCGGAUGGUCGUGUCUAUACCUUCACGGAAACUUACCACUGGCAGCAGGCCAUUACUCAGUACUCUCGGGAAGUUACCACCAUCGGCCCGAAGAACACGGAUAGUCUUAUCUCUGCGUGCUUGCUGUUGACUAUUCGUUCCUUUGCUUUGGAUGAAUACGACCCCCUCAGCUCGUUCGUCUUCUCAGACGAUAUUGCCUCCCUGAGCUGGCUGACCUUGCAAGGGGGGUUACGCCAUCUGAUCAUGGCUACGGCGCGAUGGAAAGCUGGCAGUAUGUGGUGGGGGGUAUUCAUGAAGUCUCAAGAUGAGACGGUGGAUCUCUUUGAGGAUGAGCGUCCUGGACGGGUGGCUAUUCAUCCGGGGCUAGCUGAUCUGUGUGGGAUUGAUGACACAACCACCGCAGAGACGAACCCGUAUCAUGCGCCAGCGCGGAUACUGACAGGACUGCUGUCGCUGGAGCGAGGGGUCCGGAGUUUUUCAUCCUACACAGGAUGGAUGGGGAGGCUGCUACCGCAGUUCUUUGCCAGAUUGAUGCAGAAAGAUCCACCGGCACUGAUACUACUGAGUUGGUGGUUGGGUUUGAUGUACGGGACGGAUAUGUACUGGGUGGAGACGCGAGCAAGACAUCACCUCUCGCUCAUUAAGACAGAGACACGUAGUCUCUGCAUCGCAUUGACGUGCUCUGGUGUCUCAAUCAACCUUUGUCCACUUUGCCCCUCCAACCAUCAGACACCCGUCAACACCGGAGACUACAAUAAUCUGCGAACAUCUACAGCAGACUCACCACCUCACUCCAACAACCACACCACGAACGCCUCCUCCAAACCUAUCCAAAGACAAACACCAACGACAAGACCAGAAACAAUGCUAUCAACCCUCCUCGCAGCCCUCUGUCCAUGCUCCUGCACCAACCCGACACCUCCCCCACCACCAAACACCACAACCGCAACCACUUACAACAACCACCACCACCACCACAACAGCAUCCAAUACCAACCCCCCCUAGAACCCACCCUCACCCUCCCAGCCUACACCCCCCACCCAAACACCGAAACCCUAAACGAAAAGACCCUCGCCCUACACCUCCGCGACCCGCCCAUCUCCUCAUCCAGCUACAACUACAACAACAACAAUUCCUUCCCUCUCGACGAAAAACACCCCUACACCACUACCACAACCACCGCACCUACCUCAUCCACACCACCCGACGGCAUGACUACAAGCAAUAAUGCAGCAACAGCAGACGACGCUUCCUCGCAAAUCUCCUUCCCUAGCACAACCCACAGCUACGGAAACACCUCCACCGCGACGAGGGAGACGCCGCCUCCGCCGUAUUCGCCGACGUGGAGGGGCCACGCGGAGGGGGAGGUCGAGGGGGUGAUUUCGCCGGUGCCGUCGUUGAGCUUUUCGGGUGAUGGGGAGAGGUCCAGGUCUGUGUCGGUUUCGGGGAGGAGUAGUGGGAGCUGGGGGGAGGGGGGAGGUAGUAUUGCAGAUGAGGUGGGGAUUGUGGCGCCGAGGGGGGUGUAUAUAGCUGGUCAGGGUGGUAGAGGGGAUGCGUGGAGUGGGAGUAUUGGGGAGGAGUAUUAUGGGGUUGGGUAUGGCGUUAGGGAUGAGGAUUUGGGGAGGGUGAGUUAUGAGAGCGGGAGAAGUGGUGGUAGGAGGAGGGGGUCAUGGGGUGUAUAG